AUGAACAGCGACAAAAACUUAUGGGGUCGCCAUGCCGAGGCUGACGCAGUGGCCAAGGUUCUCACAGUAGAUGCUGUUUUGUUUGGGCUCCUGGUCUUUUCUGGCAUUCUGGGAAACAGCUUGGCCAUCCAUGUGGUGUUUCGGUCAGCCAUUGAAAGCCCGUCUUGGCGACCUCCCCCCUCUGACACCAUUUUGGUGCACCUGUCGUUGGCAAACCUGUUGACCUGGCUUUUCCGCACAGUCCCCACCUUUGUGUCUGACCUGGGGUUGGACGUGUCCCUUGCCCCCGGCUGGUGUCGCCUCUUCAUGCUGCUGUGGGUGUGGUGGCAGGCCAUCAUGCUGGCCCUUAGUGCCUUCUACCGCGCCACUCUGAAGCAACAGCACGUGGCCUUCAGACCCCUGGCUCUGCAGUGGGAGCAGCAGUGGGUGUUGGUGGCCCUGGGGCUGGUGUGGGGGGUGAAUCUGGUUUUCUCUCUGCCGGCUUUGGUGUACACCACACACAUCCAUGGCAAUGCCACCGCAGAGCUGAUGGUGAUCAGCUGCACCACUUGGCCUCUGCUGGGCUGCAUCUGGGAGUUCUCCUCAGAGGAGCAGGGCUCUGUGUUCAUCUCCACCCCUUUGAUGCUCAAUGAGGUAGCACCACUGGUGCUGAUGAUUUGCACCAACCUGGCCACGCUGCAUGCCCUGGCCAAGAACAUCUGAGCUGUCACCGUGGUUGAGGGAUCUGGGGGGACCCACAGGGAGCUGGAGAGGCAUGUGGCCAGUGAGCAUAACGUGGGGCAUAUGAUCAUGUUGCCGGUGUCGCUCUUUGUGGUCUGCUGCGUGCUGCAGGUGGCGGCGAUGACCUUCAACCAUGACGGGGGACACCACGCUGAGGGGCUGUUGACCGUGUCCCAUUUCUCUGCCUCACUGUUUGUAGGGUUCAGCCCCACGGUCGUGGCCCUGGGACACGGCAAGCUGAGGAGAUGAAUCCUGGGUAUGAUUCUGAGGUGGUCGGAUGCCAUCAAAUGUUUCAAGGAGGAGUCUGAGAGGGAGAACAAGGUUUCAAACACCAAAGGGCAAGCGGCAGAGGAAGCUGUUUCUGUUCAAAAUGAGAGAAGUCAUAAAAGUAGAGGAAAAACUUAA